CAUACAAAGCGCUAAAAACACAAUACAUAACAGAUAACAACCACACGUGCAAUUUAAAUAUUUAUCAUUAAACAUUAAACCAGCGAGUGUCAUUGAACAUACACAUAACCGCGAAUAAUUUUGUGUCUGUAAGGCGUAAUUCGGAAAGUAUCAGACGGGGCGUGUCAGUUUUUAAUAACUAAAUAAACAAAAUUGAAAUGUCGUUCGACUGUUGCGGGAACGGUGUCACCGGAGACACUUUUGCUGAUUUUUUAAAAACUCUAGUGAAAACAUUCAAUGACGUCGGAAUUUUUCCUAACGAUCAAGUAGAAGAAAACUCUUUAAUUUUCCGUAGUUUGAAUUUAAAAAUCCUGUUGAUUGCGACGGUGGUAAUUUUAUUAGCAAUAACAGCGACGAAAUAUUGGCGCCGUCGCGGUGGCUAAAAAAUUGCCGGGGAUAGCCGACGUAGUGCGAACUCUUUGGUACCGGCGCGUGACGCUAACCUCGAGAUGAAGACGUCGACGACACCCUCGGUCAGAGAGAGUCUGGUUUGUUAUUUCCAAUGACUAAUACUCCGGAACGAGUAAUUGCGGUUUUUAGCGAUAAAAACUAUUUUAACUUAUUUUUGUAACAAUGAAUUUAAUUGGGGGAUAAUUUUGAUAAUAAUGGUUGUAAUUACGGUAAUAAUGCUGUUUGUAUAAAUGUGGACUCUGAUUAAGUGAAUGAACGGUCUCGGGGUUAGCACUAAGGAGUGGGAGCUGUUGUAAGACAACUGGUGUGUCGUUGCGACUAACAGCUGCUCGCCGGACAAGACCAACAAGAUGCGGACUUCAUCACACCAGUGGGGUUAAAAAAUUAAAUUUGACAAUUAAUUUGUCCCCACGAUGGCCGGCGAAGACACCCAGAUAAUCGCGAACGGAACCGUCAACGUCCUGACGAUAAUUCCCAGCGAGAAAAUGUCUAAUGACACCGUCGAGAUGCACAACAAGCUGAACAACAACAAAUCAAUCACCAACGGCAACGGCAAGGUCCUGGAGAUCACUGCUCUGGAGAACGGAAAGCUCCUUGCCGUCGGGGACGAAAAAUCCAACAGCUUGCACACAGAGUUCGAUGAUGUGGAUGUCUCUUGUGGAUGGGGCCUUUUCAGGCCGUUCUGGCUCCAGUACUUCGCAACCAAACAAGCUUUUUUGGUCAUCUUCUGCCUCACCUGGGUGCUACAGGGCAUGUACUACACGUACUUUGUCUCAGUGAUAACAACUAUCGAGAAGCUGUUUCAAAUCCAGUCGAAGACCACGGGGAUCAUAAUGUCGGCGACGGAAAUCGGGCAGAUUGGAUCCUCGCUCUUGCUGACUUACUACGGCGGUCAAGGCCACAGACCCAAGUGGAUCGCCUGGGGCAUGAUACUCUUCGCCUUGAGCUCUUUCACCUGCUCUAUGCCCCAUUUCAUCUUCGGCGAGCAGCUGAUCGAGCAGAAGAAAGCGCUCUUUACUAUCAACCCGGACUCCGCUAGCACCUCGAAUCAUGUUACUUCUAGUCUUUGCACACCGCGCGCUCAUAUUAAUUCUUCAGUGGAUCUCGACGGGUCGUACACCACAGACUCACCAAACUUUGUCUCGGACACUACUGAGUACUGCGAAGGCACAUUUCUGACAGAGCAGGAAAUUCAAUCGAAAAUAACUUCCAUAGUUCUGGCUAUUUUCUUCGUUUCGCUUCUGGGAGUUGGAAUGGGCCAGACGGCUGUUUAUACUCUGGGGAUUCCUUAUAUUGAUGAUAAUGUUGCUUCUAGAGAAAGUCCUUUAUAUUUUGCCAUAACAAUAGGAGUAAGAAUUCUGGGCCCAGCCCUUGGAUUUAUUCUUGGCUCGUUCUGCACAAUGAUCUACGUAGACCCGUCAGAUAAUCCGCAAAUCACUCCUAACGACCCGCGAUGGGUUGGCGCCUGGUGGCUCGGUCUGGUGCUGAUAUCAGGGAUGCUGAUACUGGUGAGCAUCGCAAUGUUCGCGUUUCCCUCCCGACUGCCGACCUGUAAAUCCUCGCCCAAGAUCGAGGACUCAAAGCCAAGUCUGAAAGAUUUUCCAAAAGCGGUGAAGAGACUCCUAAGGAAUGACAUCCUGAUGUACAGAACAGCGAGCAGUGUGCUCCACAUCCUGCCGAUCGCGGGGCUGUACACCUUCUUGCCAAAGUACCUGGAAACGCAGUUCCGGCUGCCAGCCCACCACGCGAACAUGAUAUCAGGAGUCGGCGGGAUCCUCGUGAUGGGCCUGGGAAUAAUAAUCAGCGGCGUGUUUAUCCUGCGCAUUAAGCCCAACGCAAGAUUCGUAGCCGGGUGGAUAGCCUUUACCGCGGUCGUCUAUGCCGUAGGUAUGGGCACUCUGAUGUUCAUCGGGUGUCCUAUGGACGACUUUGCUGGGUUGACGACCAACGCCGAGGGCGUAGCCAGCUUUGAGCCUACAUGCAAUGCUGAUUGUGAUUGUGGACGCAAUAAAUUUAGUCCCAUAUGUGGAGCCGAUAAAAAAACUUAUUUUUCGGCUUGCCAUGCUGCUUGUUCAAAUUUUACUGAAAUUGACGGCAAAAUAUCUUCUUUUUACGGUUGUCAAUGCAUCGGUCAAAAUGAAACAUUGAACGCAGCAUUUGGAUUAUCAUCAAUUGAAAUGAGCAAAGCAACAAUGGGAUAUUGCGACCUAGAGUGCAGUAACUUCUGGGUGUACAUGAUCCUGUUUUCUCUGUUUGUUUUUAUCCACUCUACCAGUGAAGUGGGGUCGAUGCUUCUUAUUCUGCGAUGCGUCGAUCCCCAGGAUAAAGCGAUGGCUCUAGGUCUCAUACAAUUUGCGAUAGGCUUAUUUGGAAAUGUACCUUGUCCCAUAGUGUACGGAGCAGUUGUGGAUUCCGCAUGCCUGGUUUGGGAUAACUCCUGCGGUGAGCGUGGCGCCUGUUGGCUCUACGACUCAAACAUAUUCAGGAUGUUCUUUCACGGCACUACGGGUGGAAUACUCGCACUGGCAUUUAUUGUUGAUCUCGUUGUGUGGUACAAAGCCGGAAAAAUAAACUUUGUCGAAGAGCAGACGGCUCAAGAAGGCUCCGUCGAAGAAAUGACGACUCUUAAACCUCAGGAUAAACGAACCGUUGACAACGAUUACCUGUAAAAGGUUUUAUAUAUUUCUCCGCUUUUUAUCCAAACAAACAAAACUGAGAAUUAAGUUUAAGAACUUUUAACGCAAGAAAGAUAACUAAAGCUAAAGAGCAAGAAGAAUAUGAGAGUAAAUAUUUUUUUUAUAGGCAAGAUCUCUUGCACUUUGCCUAUAUACAUCUAUAUAUUUUUUUCAAGAUCUUUAAUUAAUAUAGAUAAUAAUAAAUUCAUAAGUAAAGAUAGUGCGUUUAAACUUAACCAGUGACUAAAGAUAUUCAUUAUUUUCGUAGCUAUACAUCGAUCGUAAUCUUCAAUAUCGUCAGUGACGAGUUUUGAUGUUUAUCAUUAAUUAUAACUUAGAUUGCCAUAAUUAAAGGCGUAGAUGCAGGAAAUUGCAUAAUAAUGAUAUAUAUAUCUACUAGGGUGGCGCAAAAAAAACCGACUAUUUUUUUUUUUUUAGUCUCGAGUGAA